GGGAACCACGGGACACAGUCACACAGAUCUUCCAAGCGUGUAAAUAUCAACAGGAGAAUGUAGUGGGAACUUCUGGAGUCGCAUGUUUUCCAGGGAGUGAGCGUUCUUCCACCGCCACAGCUACACCCAGAGAGCCGCUUCCCUCCAUCAUACCCUCCACUUCAGCUCCGUGCUGGACGGAUCUGCCACACAGGAUACAUGUUCGGUAAAGGUGCGAAGCGGAAGCUGGACGAGGAUGAAGAGGGGCUGGAAGGCAAAACGCUGGAGGUGGCGGUGGCGGGAGGGGGACUCAGCCUCUGCCCAGAGGGCCUGUCUAAGGUAUCCUACACCCUGCAGCGCCAGACCAUCUUCAACAUCUCACUGAUGAAGCUGUACAGCCAGCGGCCGCUUGGUGAGCCCAGCCUGGAGCGCCGUGUCCUUAUCAACAACAUGUUGCGACGCAUCCAGGAUGAACUCAAGCAAGAGGGUUCACUGCGGCCACUACUCCUGCCACCGUCACCACCACCUGACGACCCCAUGGAUGAGGGCUUCCGUGAUGCGCCGCCCUCCUUUGGUGUUUUAUCAGCGACAGCAGCAGCACAGGUAUCCCAGCCUUCUGUGUUGCUGAUGCCGGCGAUCGCUCCCCCGCCUUCACCCCACCCAAUGGUGCCUCCCAACUGCCAGGCAUCCCAGAUAUGCCCCGGCCGUGCAGAGGCUUGCCUUGCCCCUCUAGAAGCCUGCCUCACUCCAGCCUCGUUACUGGAGGAGGAUGGAGGAGAUUCAACCUUUUGUGCUCCAUCCCCACCAACUCCUCCUCUGUCACCUCCCCUAGCGCAGUGUCCCACAUUACCUUUGGCACUUCUGAACCCGGUGUCCCCCCGGGUCCCUUUGCCUGUCUCGUCCAGUGACAGUUUCCCCUCCACGCUGGGUGACAUAGAGUUGGGCCCUCCCACAGCCAUAACAAGGACAGCAGCAGCUAAUACUACAACCGUGACUACCUCCCCAGCUCCCACGCCACUCACCCGGCCCUCCCAGUUAGCACCUCUUUCCUCAUCCAGAGACUACAGGACCAUGGGCUAUAAACCAGAGGCAGCUAGCGUCUUGCUAGCUGAAGCUCGCUGCACCGAGCUCCGACCCAUGGACAAUCUGCCCACACUGCCCCCUGGUGGCUUAGUAGAUAUUUCCUCUUGUCCCUCCUCACCUCCUUCCUCUGCCUCACCCUCGGGGUUUCUCUCAGACUUGGCGCUGGACGAUGUCCUGUUUGCCGACAUUGACACGUCCAUGUAUGACUUUGACCCCUGUACAACAACGGGGGCAGUGGGCGUGGCGGCAAGCGGCGGCCUUGCCAAACUUUCACCGGUGGUGACGACAGACGACCUCCUCAAAUCGCUUUCGUCACCAUACAGCGGCUCCGCCCCGCAGGUUUCAGCCAAUCAGCCUUUUAAAAUAGAUCUGACAGAACUGGACCACAUCAUGGAGGUGUUGGUGGGGUCGUGACUCACGGACACCAACACAUCAGAAACACACAAACGGUUUGAUCUGGAAAACAGAAAAGUUGUGAUCGCUUUUUGGGCCGUCUUGGUCGUUUUUAUGUUUGUCUUUUUUAAACUUUGUUCAAAGAUCGGUAAUUGUAAACAUCGAUUGUGAUGUCACUUCGUACUACUUUGACAACUACUACUACUACACAACACUGUGCAUGCACUGUGCUCGCUUUUCCAAAUAUGGAAAUGAAGUAACUGGGAAACAAAGACACAAAUAAGUUUGUAUUUCUAUACUUGUGAGGACCUCCAUUGACUCCUUUCAUUCCCUAACUCUAAUUUCAACCUAAUCCUAAUUCCAAUCUUUAACCUGAACCUAAGCCUUAACCCCACAGAGCGACUGUAAAUAGAGAAAAUAUAGAGGACUGUCAAAUUGUCCUCAUUUUUGAGGACUCUGCAGUCAUUAUAUCCUUGUGAGAACUUUUAGGUCUCACAGGUAAAGAAAUACAAGUGAACACACACACACACACACACUGAAUCCAUGGCUUUUAGCAGACGAGUGCCUUUAAGAAUGACCACUUAUUCAAUUCCUGUUUUUUACAGUAUUUUUUUCUUUUCUAUUCUUUUCACUUUAUCAGCCUCUCGAGGUCACUCCUCGAUGUUCUUUUAAAUUAUUGUAUUGUAUUAAAACUAUAAUUAAGGAGGGCAAUUUUUAACGAUCAAAUAAUAAUUAUUUAAUCUUUAUCUUAUUGCAGAUGCUAUGUUUUAUUUGUUAAGCAAGCAUAACAAAUGUUUUAUGAGAAAGACCUUGUUUUACCAGUGUGCUACAUUACAUAUUAACUCUGCUUUUUAAUUACGCUUUGGGAUUAGCUCUUUAAUACAUUGCCUAGUUGUUCGUUAAACUGUUGGUUGAAGGAGAUGUUCUUGUAUGAAUUCAGUUCAGGACCUUUUUUUUUUAUCAGCAGCCACAUAUUACUGUGCUGGAUGCUAUUUUACAUGAGCUCGGCAUAUGGGUUAGUUAUCAUGCUUCAGUUACAGCAGAAUUCAAAUGAGCUACACCCACAGGAAAGCUGGAUGUGUUGACAUUGGAAGCGGGGCAGCGCCAGCAUGGACUCUUCCCUCCCAGUCAUAUGUAGAUGACCUGAAAAGUGGAACCUAAGCACACACUGUAGGCUCUUAACACAUGUUCAGUCUGGACCCAAGGCAAAACAGCGAGGACAGAUUGCAGGGGAAGUCACAUUGGCUCCAGGGGGACUCUGUAUAAUUUAUCAGAAUCACACAAAGAAAGUUGAAUAUUUGAGGGGAAAAUGCCUUAUGCCUUAGGUCUCAUGAAAGUAGCAUCAUGAGUGACAGACAAAUUACAGCACAGUAUACAGUAUUACACACCCGCUGUAUAUGCAGAGUAUGUUUACAGCUCCUCUGUUCUUUGUGAACCCCAGUGCUGAGGUUGACCGCAGAGCUCAUGGAUGAUUUAAACACAUACGAUAGCAGGAGGACUAAAUCUGUCUCCUAAAUAAUUUUCCGCUAAAGUAGGAAACUUAAACAACAACAAAGCAAAAGAGUCUAAACACAACCUCCCCUGCACACAGCCGUAUGCAUGAUAUUUAGAAUAUAAUAAAUAAAUGUGAUGGCAAAGUUCAGCAUCGGGAAUAUUGGUCUCCUUACAAGUCUCUGUACUGAGAAUGAAUUCUUUACCAGGCAAAUACUGUGUCCACGAUUGAACCUUUUCAACGCUAUCAGUUGAAACUGAAACUCCUCUUCACACACAUUUCCUUACUCGAGUCACAUGUGGAUAUUGGCUGUGAUGCUUUCGGGAUAAAAAUGCAUGGAGGUGCUUGUUGGGCAGAGGCAAAAGACUGAGAUCUGCUGUGUCACCCAAGGCCCCGAUCUGAUGCCGCGCUGCCUUUUUUUUCGUGGAAGCCAACACUUAAAAAAAAAAGAGCAAUGCAGAGUUUUUUUUCCUGUAGUUGCUAGGCAACCAUCAAAUCACCUGUCUUAAGCAAAACGGAUUUUGUUGUGAAUUAAACUCACAGAUCUGUGCAUGCUAUCUAAAUGUAUAAGCUACAGGCAGAGGAUACUUGCUCCGGCUCCUAUAGAUGAUAUUAGGCUAUUUUUGAAUAAUUUGCUCGGCACAUGGAAACAAUUCAGAAACGAUCAGUGUGGCUAGAUGGGGCACAGAUUCCCCAGCUGCUCCAGGAGCUCCGCUGGUGAUGGUUGCUUCACAGAUUAAUUUAGGAUGAGUGCGGGGACGUUUGACAGUCUGCUGUCAAUCGCUACAAUAUGUUCAGAAAUGUCUUGCAGCUUGUAGAAUAAUGACGUUAAAAGUGGGCUGAUGUUGGCUUAGCUCGAACCACAAGCUUUAUGCAACCAGUACCAUUUCAACAGUUAAAAUAAAUGAAAACAACUCACUUGAAAUGUUAAGAUCAGCACCAACCCUCCUCCUAACCUGCCUGGAGCAUCUGGCCACAGCCACCUCUAGUUUCUCCUCCAUCAAUGUUGUUUCCAAUCAAAGGCAUGCAAUUCUAGAUUGAUCAGAUUGGACAACAGGGGAAAACGCUAAUAAGACUGAUGACCUUCAUUUAAAAUGAACAGAUCUCCAGCCCCACUAAAAGCAUUUAUUUGUGUUUGUGAAUAGCAGUGUCACAUAUGUAGCCAUAAUUUACAAGCAACCAAUUCUGAAAAGGACAAACACCUUGGCAUCAGAAUAGCUGUAUGUUGACUCUAAGAAAAGCCAUGGAGUGGACACAGGCAAUUGCAAUUCGCAGAUGGAAAGUAUUCUUUUCAAAGUCAAACCUGUUGCGGAACCACAGGAUAGUUCAGAUUUGAACUUUAAAGUGUUUUUUAAGUUUCUACAGCGAAACAAAAAGUAUGCAAUAUUUGACAUCAAUUAAUCAGUGCAAUCAGAUUUUAACCAAUAGGCUAAAAAUUGACCCUGGGAUUCUUUUAUUCAUGUUCAGUGCAUUUCAGUUGUUUGUGCAAUAUUUGUGCAAAAUAGUGUCUUUUGAAAGCUGCAUUCAUUGAUAUUUUUGUGCCAUUUCAAUAUGUAUUACCACUUAUGUUACCAUAUAUUGCUUGUUUACUAAUACAAAUUAAUGUUAAUUUAUUCUCAUGUCUCUUGGCACCUGAUAACGUAUAUUAACUUUCCUUUUUGCUCCUUUGUGGUCUCCACCAACUCCUGAAGGAAACACUAGCUGGUACAUGAAUGUUCCAACAGCUAAUCUAUAGAUAUAUCUGCAAUUUGUUGCUUUAGUGAGUUUAUCAGAGCUUUUUCAAUAAAAGCAACUCAUAGAGCAAUGAGUUAAAGUAACUGAUGUGUUCCUUCUAAUUAAGCGAAACUGAAAGUUCAGUGGUAACGAUCUGCAAGUUUAUCACUAUAAACACAUCAUGCAUUAUAGUUUUGAUAUGAAUAUAAACAUAUUAAUGAAUGCAGCUUCAAUGUGCACAUUGCAUCUACAUGUAUUGGAUAUCCAAAGCAAUAUAAGAAAAAUACACCGUAUACCGACACAACGCAUGGUCCUGAAAAGCAGGAUUUCUCACCAACAGUUUUUAAUCUUACGUCGUAAAAUAUUAAGUGACUAUUAAACACAAGAAACCCUCAACGCCUCUGUGUCUCUCAGAACAGCCUUUCCAUGAUGAAAAACAGUCUGAUAAUGGUAUUUCUAGCAGAGGUCCCAGCUGGUGGGACUCAGUGUUGCUAAUGGGACAGAAUGUGUUAUCUGCAUUACAGCCUGACUCAUCUUCCUGUGGCAGCCAACAGCAGUGAGGCUUUAAACUCAAACAGUGGAGGAUCAUUGGUUCCCAGAGGUUUGACACUUGACCUCAGCUCGUAUGUAUAUGACCUGCAAUGGAACUGAAUUCGGAGUGUGUGGGCAGAGCAGACAGCAGCACCAACUCAUGUUGUUUAUAGACGACUGUGUCUUGUUUCUUUCACUAGGUUUGAAUUUUGGAGUGCUUGUUUUUUUUCUUUUUUGUCAAUGAAGUUAUUUAUUCAUAUUGUUUUUCUUUUCUUUUCUGUGUAAAUAUAUUUAUUUUGGAUGUGAAGUGAACAUUUGGAUUGUAUAUGCUUGUACAGAAUGUGUGGUAGGAAUGUACUUCAGAUAGGAUGUAUCUGAGUGUGGAAUUAUGGGUGGAAGCCAUUUUUUUAUAUACAUAGGUAGUUAUAUUAUCUAGUUUUUUUGUUUUGUUUGUUGCUACGUUUACUGACAAUUUUUUUGUGGGUCGUCAGCCACAACUUUUUACAUCUUUUUGUACUCUUUUUUUUUUGGUUCAACAUUUUUUCCAGUUGAAGGCGAACAGUUAAUGCAGCAAUACUCAAAAACCCGUUUCCAACCUUCAGAUGUCAAUACUUCAAAGCCUGUCAUAGACGCUUCAAUGCCAAAAGUAAUGUACAUAGUAUGAACAACAUUCGAGCUCCUGAGACUUUUUUGAUCAGUGUUUGUUACCGAACCUGUUGAGUCAGCCGCGGAAGACUGAGCGCGGUCGAGGCUGACUCUACAAAGGCUGUAUUUUACACAGACCUCAGAGCUGUGCCUUUUUCUAUGCAAUAGAACACAGAGAGAGCGAAAUUAUCAGCUGACCACUGUAUUGGCAUCCAGAUGUUGACUGAAUAUAUGUAUAUCUAGUCAACAUUUGAAUCCUGAUAUAUACGUGUAUAUUUGAGAUAAAUGGACAGCUGUCUGUGAAUUUAAAACAGUCUUACUUUUGUAGUUUUAUAUAUAUAUAUAUAUGUAUAUAUAAAUAUAUAAAUAUAUAUAUAUAUACAAUAAACUGUAAAAAGA